UCCAAGAAGAGCUUAGCUUCCGGUUUCGCCUCAAGCUCUUCUUCCAUCCAUCCAUCCAUCUAUCUAUAAACGUACGCGAUUAAGUACUAGCAGUGGUAGCUCCCCCCACAUCUGUCGUGCUUGUACCUCUCCCUGCAUUGUUUUUGUUCCAUCUGUUGUGUAACCUGCAAUGGAGUGCGAGACCGGCCUCGUCGGCUCCCUCAACGGCGAGGGGCUCUGUAUGUCGGCCCCCCGCGCCGACCCCCUAAACUGGGUGAAGACCGCCGAGGAGCUCACCGGGAGCCACCUCGAGGAGGUGAAGAAGAUGGUGGCGCAGUUCCGCGAGCCGCUGGUGACCAUCGAGGGCGCCUCCCUCGGGAUCGCGCAGGUGGCCGCCGUGGCCGCCGGCGCCGGCGUCGCCAGGGUCGCGCUCGACGAGUCCGCCCGCGGCCGCGUCAAGGAGAGCAGCGACUGGGUCAUGACCAGCAUGAUGAACGGCACCGACAGCUACGGCGUCACCACCGGCUUCGGGGCCACCUCCCACCGCCGGACCAAGGAGGGCGGCGCGCUCCAGAGAGAGCUCAUCAGGUUCCUUAACGCCGGUGCCUUCGGAACUGGCACGGACGGACACGUUCUGCCCGCCGAGGCGACACGCGCGGCUAUGCUCGUCCGCAUCAACACCCUCCUGCAGGGUUACUCCGGCAUCCGCUUCGAGAUCCUCGAGGCUAUCACCAAGCUGCUCAAUGCCAAUGUCACGCCGUGCUUGCCGCUCCGGGGCACCAUCACCGCAUCCGGUGACCUUGUGCCGCUGUCCUACAUUGCCGGCCUCAUCACCGGCCGACAGAACUCUGUUGCGGUGGCCCCUGAUGGCAGCAAGGUGACUGCUGCCGAGGCAUUCAAGAUCGCCGGGAUCGAGCACGGGUUCUUUGAGCUGCAGCCCAAGGAAGGCCUUGCCAUGGUGAACGGCACGGCUGUGGGCUCUGGUCUUGCAUCGACCGUGCUCUUUGAGGCAAAUGUUCUUUCCGUGCUUGCCGAGGUCUUGUCUGCCGUGUUCUGCGAGGUGAUGAACGGCAAGCCGGAGUUCACUGACCACUUGACCCACAAGCUGAAGCACCACCCUGGACAGAUAGAAGCGGCUGCAAUCAUGGAGCACAUUUUGGAGGGAAGCUCAUACAUGAAGCAGGCAAAGAAGCUUGGCGAGCUCGACCCGUUGAUGAAGCCGAAGCAGGACCGGUAUGCCCUCCGCACUUCGCCUCAGUGGCUUGGCCCACAAAUCGAAGUUAUUCGCUUUGCCACCAAGUCGAUUGAGCGUGAGAUCAACUCCGUCAACGACAACCCGCUCAUCGACGUCUCCCGUGGCAAGGCCAUCCACGGUGGCAACUUCCAAGGCACCCCCAUCGGUGUCUCCAUGGACAACACCCGCCUCGCCAUUGCUGCUAUUGGCAAGCUGAUGUUCGCGCAGUUCUCGGAGCUGGUGAACGACUUCUACAACAAUGGCCUGCCAUCCAACCUGUCCGGUGGACGCAACCCGAGCUUGGACUAUGGUUUCAAGGGCGCCGAGAUCGCCAUGGCCUCAUACUGCUCUGAGCUGCAGUUCUUGGGCAACCCGGUGACUAACCAUGUCCAGAGCGCGGAGCAGCACAACCAGGAUGUGAACUCACUUGGUCUGAUCUCAUCCAGGAAGACCGCCGAGGCUAUUGACAUCUUGAAGAUCAUGUCCUCCACGUUCCUGGUCGCCCUGUGCCAGGCCAUUGAUCUUCGCCACAUUGAGGAGAACAUGAAGACAGCGGUGAGGAACUGCGUGAUGCAGGUGGCCAAGAAGACCCUGAGCAUGAACAACAUGGGCGGCCUCCACAUCGCCCGCUUCUGCGAGAAGGAUCUGCUGACCGCGAUCGACCGCGAGGCGGUGUUCGCGUACGCGGACGACCCGUGCAGCCCCAACUACCCGCUGAUGCAGAAGCUGCGGGCGGUGCUGGUGGAGCACGCGCUGGCCAACGGCGACGGCGAGCGCGCCCUGGAGACCUCCAUCUUCGCCAAGGUGGCGGAGUUCGAGCAGAACAUCCGCGCGGCGCUGCCCAAGGAGGUGGAGGCCGCGCGCGCGUCCGUGGAGAACGGCACGCCGCUGGCUCCGAACCGGAUCAAGGACUGCCGCUCCUACCCGCUCUACCAGUUCGUGCGCGAGGUGUGCGGCACCGAGUACCUGACCGGCGAGAAGACACGGUCGCCCGGGGAGGAGCUGAACAAGGUGCUGGUGGCCAUGAACGAGCGCAAGCACAUCGACCCGCUGCUCGAGUGCCUCAAGGAGUGGAACGGCGAGCCCCUGCCGCUCUGCUGAGCAGUCGACGAGAGAAGGUAACACCAAAGGAAAAGAAAACACGUACACACAAAGUGAAUAUAGAAGUGUUCAAGACUGUGAAGCGGGAGGUUCCUGGUAUAUCUACGUUCAUUGUACUUAGUUAAGUUGAUGUUACUGUUGUUUUUUCUCGCUGCCGCCAUGCCAUGAGCAGGCGAGGCAGGCAGCUUCUCAAACUUGUGUUGUUGUAACUUGUAUGAUGGGAGCUUAAGUACAUUACUUUGUUUCAAAAUA